GAAACCGUCGACCAGUUUGUUACUAGGCUGAGACAAAAAGCCCAAACCUACGAAUUCGGAGACGCUGCAACUGUGGAUGAGCAAAUUCGUGAUCCAGUGAUUAGCAAAUGCUUGUCGCACGCACUCCGUCGGAAGUUACUUCAGAAGGGUCGAAACUUGACACUGCCACAAUUAAGAGAAAUUGCUCGUUCUAUGGAGGAAUCUGAAAAACAGGCACGGUCAAUCGAAGGAGGAAGUGGUGAGGUCCGUAGUGAAGUGAAUAGUGCGAGCGGAAAGUCGAAUUACAAAGGGGAUGCGAGCGCAAGAAAAGUCAAUUGUGUUUUUGCUGUGGAUAUACGGGACAUACAACCAACGAUCGUCAAUGUCCAGCGAGAAGGAAAAAGUGCAGGAAGUGUAAUGGAUCAAGACAUUUUGAGGCUGUGUGUAAAACUAAGGAGAAGCAAAGAAGUGGUCGUGGAGCUGGAGGGCCGCGUAAGCCAGACGUCGGAAAGAAGGGAGGUGCAGCUCACCAUGUAAGGCAGGUAGAAACUGAAGGUACUCGGGGUAAUGAUUGUGAUUUUAGAUUAUUCUAAUGUUUCAAGAGAUGAGAAAUUUCCUGUGAAGAUAGGACGUUUACCAGUAACAAUGAUUUUUGAUUCUGGUGCUAGUUUCAAUGUCAUAGGCCGUAAUGUAUGGGAAUAUUUGAAAGCAUAUAUAAGGUUGCAUGUGUGUCGACUAAGGCUUCAAAGAAGUUGUAUGCAUAUGGUAAUAAUCACCCACUACAAGUUGUAGGCAUGUUUACUACAGAAGUGUCUGUUGAAGAGAAAGUGUUAAGUGGGGUCGAAUUUUUUGGCAUUGAAAAUGAGGGACACGCCCUCCUUGGACGGGAAACUGCAAUUUCUCUAGGAGUUUUGAAGCUGGGAGCUCACGUGAAUUCACUCGAGGUUUCUACGGAUGGAGCAAAAGGGGAGGCCAGUAUUUUUUAAAAGUUCCCGUGAUGUUGUGAAGGUAUUGGUAAACUGAAAGAUUUCCAGCUAAAAGUCCCGAAUUGACCCAGAGGUACAGUCUGUAGCGCAACCAAUUAGGCGGGUUCCUUUCCACUUGCGUCAUAAACUGAGUGCCAGACUGGAUGAACUUGUGGAACACGUUGAAAAAGUGAGUGGACCAGCCUCGAGGGUCUCACCAGUGGUAGUGGUGCCUAAGCCCUCAGGUGAUAUUCCCUUGUGUGUGGACAUGCGACAAGCCAACAUGAUAGGAAAACGAGAGCGUUUCCCAAUACUCACCAUUGACGAAGUUUUACAAGAUUUGAACCAGAGCAAGUUGUUUAGCAAGUUGGAUCUUACCUCCGCCUAUCAUCAGAUAGAAUGUCGCCCGAACCAAGGGAUAUCACUACAUUUGGCACACACAAGGGACUUCACCGGUACAAACGACUCAUGUUCGGUAUAAGUUUUGCACUUGAGGUGUACCAGAAUGUACUUCACCAAGUCCUGCAAGAGUGUGACAGAGCUCAUAAUAUAAUAUUCUUGAUGAUAGUACAUGCACCCAGUGGAGAGGAACAUGACAAAAGAUUUGAGAAUGUGGUCCGAGUAUUGAGCAGCAGGAGGUUGACACUGAACCGAGACAAGUGUCAGUUUAAGAUGUCACAUUUGGAGUUCAUGGGUCAUGUUUUGUCGGCACGUGGAAUUGGUGCAGCAGAUGUUAAAGUAAAGGUUGUUGUUGAUGCCCGUGAACCAAUGAAUGCUGCGUAAGUACGAAGCUUCCUUGGUCUGGUCAAUUUCACUGCAAGGUUUAUUCCACACCACAGCAUCUGCACCCCUCCGCCAGCUUACAAAAAGUGGAGAACCAUUCGUGUGGGGGCCGGAUCAACAGCAAUCAUUUGAUGAGUUAAAGAAGCGACUGUCCAGUGCAGAGACACUUGGAUACUUUGAUAAGAAUGCACCAACUAAGGUGAUCGCAAACCAAGCCCUGUAGGCUUUGGAGCUGUGCUAGUUCAGGAGCAAGGAGAAGAACUACGAGUUAUUAGUCAUGCAAGCCGUAGCCAGUCCGAUACAGAACACAGAUAUUCUCAGACUGAGACAGAUGCCUUAGCCAUUUUGUGGGCCUGCGAAAGAUUUCAUGCCUAUUUGUAUGGUGCUGAGUUUGAACUAAUGACUGACUACAACCCUCUAGAAUGCAUUUUCUCACCUAAGUCCAAGACCUGUGUUAGGAUCGAAAGAUGGCUUCUCAGAAUGCAACCCUACAGAUUUACAGUGAAAUAUAUUCCAGGUCCUAAGUAUAUUGCCACCGUCAGAACACCAAGAACAAACCGAAGAAUAUAUGAAGUGGGUCGCCCAAGAAUCGACACUAGUUGCCCUGACAACUCGUGAAAUGUAGAGAAAAUCAGAACAUGAUGCUGAGCUGAAAAGUGGACGAGGAUGUCUCUUGAAUGGGAAAUGGUAUGCCUUAGAGUUCAAAGAGUACCUACCUGUGCGAGGUGAAUUAAGUGUGACUGGAAAGCUUGUUCUUCGUGGAACUCGGAUUGUGAUACCAAAGCAACUUCGUUGUCAAGUACUAGAGUUGGCACACGAAGGUCUCCCAGGAAUCGAAGCAAUGAAGCAACGUUCGGGUACCAAAGUGUGGUGGCCAGGCAUCGACAAAGAGGUAGAGAGAGCUUUUAAGACCUUUCAUGGUUGUCAGUUAGUUUCACAACCAACCAAACCUGAGCCGAUGACACGUACAGAAUUGCCUACAGCACCAUGGCAACAUCUAGCAGCUGACCUAUUGGGUACAUUGCCUUCUGGUGAUUAUGUUUUUGUUGUGGUGGACUAUUACAGCCGAUUCUUUGAGAUGGAAUUUACUGAAUCUACUACUUCUGAGAAGAUUUUCGUCACUCAUGGCCUUCCUUUGUCCUUAAGGACCUUAAGAACCGACAAUUGUCCGCAGUUUACCAAUGAAGAUUUUACGAAGUUCUUGGAGGAAAACGGAAUUGAACAUAGAAGAACCACACCCUUAAAGGCCACAAGCCAGUGGUGAAAUAGAAAGGCAAAACCGCAGUAUCCCGAAGUGACUGGGUAUCGCUCAAGCAGAGGGUCGCAACUGGAAAUCAGAGAUGGAUAACUUCGUUAUGAUGUAUCGCGGUUCUCCACAUUCUACUACUGCGGUUAUCCCGGCAGAAGUAUUAUUUAGAAGACGCAUCAGGACCAAACUACCCCAUCUCCAAGAGUUCAGCAUCGAAGAUGAGGUUCGAGAUCGCGACAGUGAGACGAAAGAAAAGGGAAGGGUGUCUGCAGACUGCCAAAGGAAUACCCGUGAAAGAUUCGAGAAGAUGAUAAGGUGUUGCUGAGGCAGGAGAAAGAGAAAUAACUGUCAACGUCAUACAAACAGUCUCCCUUUACAGUUAUUCAGAAGAAUGGUAAUAGUGUUCUUGUUGAUGCUGAUGGUGUGCAGUACCGCCGGAAGGUAACCCAUGUGAAGAAGUAUUUCGAGCGAGAU